AUGGCAGCUAAGCGCAAGGCUUCGGCGAUGGGCACGGCCGUUGAUGAUGAGCCGGUUGACCCGUCAGAUGAGCUUGCAUUCUACUGUCUGGGUGGAGGAAACGAAGUCGGGCGAUCAUGUCAUAUCAUUCAGUACAAGGGCAAGACGGUUAUGCUCGACGCAGGAAUGCACCCGGCCAAAGAAGGCUUCUCCGCUCUCCCCUUCUUUGACGAGUUCGACUUGAGCACGGUAGACGUCUUACUGAUUAGCCAUUUCCACGUGGACCAUUCUUCUGCUCUUCCUUAUGUUCUCAGCAAGACCAAUUUUGCUGGCCGGGUCAUGAUGACCCAUGCCACCAAGGCAAUUUACAAGUGGCUCAUCCAAGAUAAUGUUCGGGUCAGCAAUACGUCCUCAUCUUCUGAUCAGCGCACCACCCUCUAUACUGAGCAAGAUCACCUGUCCACACUCCCUUUGAUCGAAACAAUCGAUUUCAACACCACGCAUACGAUAAACGGCAUUAAAAUUACCCCAUACCCCGCCGGCCAUGUCUUGGGUGCCGCAAUGUUUCUGGUGUCGAUUGCCGGGCUGAACCUUUUAUUUACCGGCGACUAUUCCCGUGAAGAGGACCGGCAUUUGAUCCCUGCACAGGUUCCUUCGGGAAUCAACAUCGAUGUCUUGAUCACAGAAUCCACAUUCGGUAUAUCCUCAAACCCGCCCCGUCUGGAACGGGAGGCUGCGCUCAUGAAAUCAAUUACCGGUAUCCUGAACCGCGGAGGACGUGCUUUGUUGCCUGUAUUUGCCCUCGGUCGCGCCCAAGAGCUGCUACUCAUUCUUGAGGAAUACUGGGCGCGCCAUCCCGAACUGCAGAAGAUUCCCAUUUACUACAUUGGUAAUAUGGCAAGACGAUGCAUGGUUGUUUAUCAGACCUAUAUUGGAGCGAUGAAUGACAACAUCAAAAUGCUCUUUCGCCAGCGUAUGGCGGAGGCCGAGGCGAGCGGAGACAAGAGUGUGACUGCCGGCCCAUGGGAUUUCCGGUUCAUCCGAAGUCUGCGAAGUCUCGAGCGCUUCGAGGAUGUAUCCCCUUGUGUGCUCCUUUCAUCGCCCGGUAUGCUACAGACAGGUACCAGUCGUGAACUGCUUGAAAGAUGGGCACCCAGCGAGCGUAACGGAGUCGUCAUGACGGGUUACAGUGUGGAAGGAACGAUGGCUAAGCAGCUUCUCAACGAGCCUGACCAGAUUCCUGCCGUCAUGUCAAAGGUUUCUACCAUGCAGGGCCGAGGUCGUGUACCUGGAGGCAACGAUGAGGAUCAGAAAGUGAUGAUUCCACGUCGCUGCACGGUCGAUGAAAUCAGUUUUGCUGCACACGUCGAUGGUGUCGAGAAUCGCAACUUCAUCGAAGAGGUUGCUGCGCCGGUCGUGAUCCUUGUCCAUGGCGAAAAACAUCAGAUGAUGCGACUCAAGUCAAAGCUCUUGAGUCUUAAUGCCGACAAAACUGUUAAGGUCAAGGUGUACACGCCUGCAAACUGCGACGAAGUUCGCAUCCCAUUCAGAAAGGAUAAAUUUGCCAAGGUCGUCGGUAAACUCGCACAGAUCGCUCCGCCCUCGGAGGAAGAUGACAGCCAGUUGAUGGCUGGUGUCCUUGUUCAGAACGGCUUCGACCUGGCUUUGAUGGCCCCAGAUGACCUUCGGGAAUACGCCGGUCUGACCACGACCACCAUUACUUGCAAGCAACACCUGACACUUAGUUCGGCAAGCAUGGAUUUGAUUCGAUGGGCCCUCGAGGGUACUUUUGGAGCCAUUGAAGAAGUGGGGACAAACGCGAAGACCGAGACGAAAGAAGAGACCAACGGCGAUUUGGACAUUUCAAGCGCGAAGCUGGAGACUGCCGACGAAGAAAUCCCCAUGGAAGAGACACAAACUUUCCUUGUCAUGGGAUGUGUGAUUCUACGUCACCACUCACGUACUCGGGAGGUUGAACUCGAGUGGGAGGGCAACAUGAUGAACGAUGGAGUUGCUGAUGCUGUCAUGGCCGUUCUUCUUACAGUCGAGAGCAGCCCGGCCUCCGUGAAGCAAUCUGCCAAGAACAAGCACCAUCAUCACCACCAUGAAGAGGACUUUGCUGCUCUCCCCAACCCUCACUCUCAUCUGGGUGCUGAGGAUCGAUUGGCCCGUCUGCUUAUGAUGCUCGAGGCCCAAUUCGGCACCAGCAUUGUCCCCAUCGAACGCCCUCGUGUUCCAGCGGAUCUUGUCAAUGGCACAAAUGGACCCGACGGUGUUACGACUGAGGUGAACGAGGAGCGGCUUGCGGAUAUCGAAUCGGCUGAGCUCGAUCGCCUCCAAGCCCUAGGAAUCCCGGUUCCAGGUCUUGAAAUUACAGUCGACAAACAUGUCGCUCGUGUCUGGCUGGAGAAUCUGGAAGUGGAAUGCACCAACCCUGUUCUUCGUGAUCGCGUGCGCGUUGUCGUUGAACGAGCGGUCGAGACCGUCGCUGGACUGUGGGCAGCGAGUUCUAUGCCGAAAGAGGUGGUGUCUAAUGGCACUUCGAAGGGACAGAUGGAAAUGGAUGCGGCGGCGCAGAAGAUGGCUGCCAUCGAAGCCCAGGGUUGA